UAUUUUCAACUCCUGAGGGCGACAUUCAACAACAACAAUUACCUGUAAACAUUGAUAACAAGAAGAGGGAGCGACGAUUCGGUUCGAAAUUUAUUUUUCAUCGGAAGCUAGAGCUCUGUAUUUAGGCCUAGGCAUUUGGAAAACACGUGUCUUGACCAGACUGAUUUUCAGCUGCGGAAAUGCUGUGAAGUAAUGAUGAUGUAGCAAACAAGACUGUAUGAACAGUAUUUAUAAUCACACCUUGAUGUACACUAACCUUGAAACAGAGACAACAUUCUGUUAUUUAUUAAGUACCCAGCUGCAACCUGUAGAACUCCGCAACAUUUAUUUAUUGAGUAUACUUUUAAUAACUGAUACCAACAUCUUUGCCAGUGAUAAUUAAAACACCUUGAUGUACACUAAACUUGAAUCAGGAACAACAUUCCAAUUUUUUUUUAAGUACCCAGCUGCACCCUUUAUUACAUUUUUUUAAUACCGACGUCUUUCCCAUCCAUCUUAAAAUGUUAUUAGUUAAACUCAAUUAAUUUUUAAUUAAUUGAUGAACAAACACUUUAAUUAGAUAAUUUACAUCAAUAGAUUAGUGUUUAAUUCCAAGUAUUUAUACAGUUAUUAACACAGAGACGGUUGAAAGCAUUCAUCAGAUCUCAUAUCGUUAGCAGCCGACAAACAGUGCACUUGCAGUAGACUUGACACGCUUAAGUUCAACCCUAAUUUUGCAAAUAAAGACGGAGUUGAGUUUAGUGCUGUGGAUAUUUAAUCUAAAGGAAUCAUUUCAAAUGAAGAGGAAGUUGAUCAUCCAUAGCGAGAAAAAAAAAUCCUUCAGGGAUUGAGUCUUGAGAAUUCAAUUAAGCGGUAGAGAAUACCUGCAAGACGUAAAAAUAAGAUUGUUCUUUUUGCAAAGAAACACAUAAUCCUGAUGGUAAUAUUUUAGUGUUUGAUUGUGCGUUACAGUAUCUUGGAAGAUGUCAAUACCUUGAUAUGAUGUGUUCGGUUUGAGUUUGUUUGUGACAUUGAUCUAGCGUUGAAGUUGAUUCUUUUGUUGAAUGAUGAAUAACAGCAGUAUGCAUGGUUCCCCUGUGGCAGGGUCGCGCUCUGGGAAGGGGGCGUCAAGCCAAUGGCUGGAAUGGACGCAACAACUUCAAGCGUAUGUAGCAUGGGUUAACUCUCAGCUAAAGAAACGUACAGGAUGUCGACUGGUGGAGGAUCUACGACAUGACAUGCAAGAUGGUGUUGCCCUUGUUCACCUCAUUGAAAUUGUCUCUGGGGAGACAUUGGCGAGAGUGGACUAUAAUCCACAAACAUCCACCGCCAUGCGGGAGAACGUUGAACGGGUAUUACAAUUUAUGGCAUCUAAGAGGAUACGAAUGCACCACACGUCCGCUAAAGAUAUUGUUGAUGGUAAUUUGAAAGCUAUUAUGCGGUUGAUCCUGGCGUUAGCAGCGCACUACAAGCCAAGUAGCGUGAAACAGACACCGCAAACCCCACAAGGCACUCCACAUCACAAGCCACAGAGGCAGCAAUCAUUUGCUGCGAUGGCUGCUGGGGCAGCUGCAGCAAUCCGGGAUGCUCGUAAAGAUGUACAAAUGGCUGGUGGCUCGUUACGAAGGUCCAAGGGGCGGGAGCAAGCAGCUCGCUUGCAUGGUCACUCUGGCCUCCACCGGUCCAGUCCGGUUUCAAUGGAAAAGGAUCCUUUACAGAGAUGUAGAAGUCCACGUGGAAGCCCAGCACCAUCGGCAAGCAAUACACCUUUACACAGCCGUACGGCAACACCGGUACGUGCCUUGUUGGAAUCUAGGAACAGUCCGCUGCCCUCUAGGACUGCAAGCUUUGCAUCAGAUCAUUCUGAUCAAGGUAGUGAAUAUGGUAAUCUGUCAAGAAGGACGUCAAUUGCGUGGAGUGAUAUUGACGACGAUCACGAAGCAAUGAAAGUAGAUGUUGAGGACACCAAGAAAAUGCUCCUCAGCCUCCAAGAAAUGUUGCUAAGUGGCAAGGUAGCAGAUGAAGAAGGGGUUGGUUCAGAUGCCGAAGAAGACCAAUUUGACGGGACUGCCUACAAAGACUAUGUGGUGGUAUUACAAGCUCGUUUGGAUCAACGACAAGCAGAACUUAAAAGCACAAAAAUGGAGCUAUCAGAGAUGAAACAGGAAUGUCGCAAUUUACAGGGUGCAAAGGCUGGUGUACAGUCGAGAUUAACUGACCAAGACAAUGCAUUACUUCAGAUGAAAGCUGAGUUGUUGAGGGUGGGGUUUACCCAGCAGAACCUGGAGUCUGAGAAUGCUGAUUUAAAACGGCAACUGGAAGAAAAAAAUAGAAUUGCAAACGAUGUCACAAAGCAGCUACAACUGAAGGAUAAGUUCUUGCAACAACAGCAAGAACAAAUUGAAAUGCUGACACAACAGCUGCAAGAGCUCAACUCCCUCAGGACUGAGCUUCAAAAUCAGCUUGAAGAGGGAGGGGGUGGUUUACAAGAGUUCCACAGUCAGAUACAGCAACUCAGUGAUAGGCUAGAAGAGACCAGCCUAUCCAUGCACAUCACAUCACAAGAUAAUAAACUUUGUAGUAUAGAAAGUAGAUUUGGCCUCAAAGACCAAAGUUCAUACAGAGAGUCCACCGAAGAAAUGCAGACAUUGAGGAGCGCCCUCAGAAAUUUGCGUAGUAGCAUGAGUAGUCAUGACCCUCACCACCAUUCGUUGGACACAUUAGAACAGGUAUUAAUUCAAUUGAUGUGCAUUGCACAAGUAAUGGUGGCCCUCCAGUGGCACAAUCUACCAAGGUGCUGUAUUUUACAGAAAGAACAGUAACACCCUUCAUGUCUUCCAUACCCAAGAAGCUUGGCCAAGUAACUCUUCGAGAUUUCAAAAAGAUAUUUGAUCGAGACGGCCCAUAUCGUUACCACUUCAAGGCGUUAGAUCCUGAAUUUGGGACGGUCAAGGAAGAGGUAGUUGAUGAUGAUGACAUCAUACCAGGCUGGGAGGGGAAGAUAGUAGGUUGGGUGGAGGAAGAUGUAGGAUGAUGAAGAGCGGGGUGGAUCAACAGCCUACAAAGCUAACCACACUCCUUCCCACCAAAAUUAACACGACUGCAUUGAUCAAACCAGCUCUCCUAAGGAGGUCUGUGCACAUCAUAUUGUUCCAAACCUUUUUCCUUUCUGUUUGAAAAUUAUUUAAAAAAUCAUUCCAAUGUUUUUUUUAAAUAGACAUUCUAUCAUAAAAUUCCAUUGACUGCUGGCUAAUUGUUUUUUUUUACCAAAACCAAGUGACAUUCCUAAUAGUAUGGUAAAUAAAUUAUUAGUAAUUAAUAAUAAUAAUAUAUCCUAGUGCCCAAUGAAAACAUUGCGUUGCAUAACUUAAAAUUUUAAAGAACGAAAGUUAUUAAUUUGAUAGUAUUUGAGAGUCCAGAAUUUUGUCAAUUGAUUUUGACUAUGUUCACAUUGUCAAGUGUUUGAAAAUUAGUUAAAAAUCAUUCCAAUGGUUUUUUUUUAAAUAGACAUUCUAUCAUAAAAUUCCAUUGACUGCUGGCUAAUUGUUUUAUUUACCAAAACCAAAUGACAUUCCUAAUAGUAUGGUAAAUAAAUUAUUAGUAAUUAUUAAUAAUAAUGAUAGUAUAUCCUAGUGCCCAAUGAAAACAUUGCGAUGCAUAACUUAAAAUUUAAAAUAACAAAAGUUAAUAAUUUGAUGGUAUUUGAGAGUCCAGAAUUUUGUCCAUUGAUUUUGACUAUGUCCACAUUGUCCAGUGUUUGAAAAUAAGUUAAAAAUCAUUCCAAUAUUUUUUUUUUAAUAGACAUUCUAUCAUAAAAUUCCAUUGACUGCUUGCUAAUUGUUUUAUUUACCAAAACCAAAUGGCAUUCCUAAUAGUAUGGUAAAUAAAUUAUUAGUAAUUAUUAAUAAUAAUGAUAGUAUAUCCUAGUGCCCAAU